AUGGAGCAGGACAUUCGAGGACACGCAGGGGAUGCUGCUCUGAGCAACCGGCCUAAACAGUUCACACUUGCGCCCCACUUGGAUCGAAAUGGAGCCUUAAUACCUGGUCAAACUGUCAACAACGUGAGCAAGAAGGCCGCCACGGAGCGUAUCAACCGUCUCCAGGCUGAGUACAUCAGUCACGGGAUCGAGAACAUCCUAUCCGACCAGAAAUUCUCCAAGGCGAUCAUACAGCCAGUCGUGGACGAAGCUGUAGCCCAGGGUAUACCCGAGAAUCGUCCAUGUCACAACGGCCUCAGGCAAACGCAUCAUCUUCACUGCGGUCACGCGAUCUACACCACAAUGCCCACCAUAUGCGGGAAGAACUGCCAUGAAGCGUGGAACAAGGAAGCCGAGGACAACGCUAUGUUCUAUUGUGUUUUAUGCACUCGAAUCCGUGUCGCUUGGGCAAAGAAGAACUACAAUAAGCGUUGGCAUGACGUUCUUCUUCCUUCCUUCGCUUAUCCAGAAGAGGAAGAAGCUGAUAGGAAGAAGUACGAAGAUGUCACUCGAGGGACUCAGCCAGUAUAUAUCUCUCCUCAAGGUUUUCUCAUCCUGCCUUAUGGGCAUGAUGGAGUCAUCAAUCAUAUCGCACUCAUCCGCGCUCUCGAAGCUCUGAACGAAAAGCGAUUCAAAGAUAUGAUCGCAACAGCGUGCGAGUCCCAGCUUAGCCUUACAAAGCUCACCAAAAUCUCCCUCGAUAACUUCAACACCCUUGUGCGCCAUCAACAUAUGCUGCGCCACGCCCCUUUCAACAUGCUCGCUACCAUCGCGGUUCAACUCGCCGGACGUUCCGAAACAUCGCCGCCGAAAUUCAACAUGAUUGCCACAGCAUUUGACUACACCAUCACAGAGAACUAUGGUGAAUGUUACGGCGAGACGGAUUUCAUCAUCAGCUGUAUGGCUGCGCAAGAAAAGAUAUAUCAAUUCAUCGACAAGGCGCCGGGCAAAUACCGCAGGACGAAGAACUUCCGCCAGAUGAAGCAGGCGGCCAUGAAUCUGCACGCUGGGUUCGUGAAGAGCAAGACUAUUAGUAUAGACAGGAAGAUGCGCCAGAUCUCCAUUCAAAUCGUCGCUGCAAGUAUCCACCAGGCCAUGCUGCAGAAUCACAUUCCAAUCAAGAUGUCGGAGAUCUGUGAAGUGUUCGAUCUGCCAUAUGAUGAGCAUGCGGUCUAUGCUGAGGGCAAGAUGUCUAUCUUUGCGAGGCACUAUCGCCGUACGAAGCGUCGGGCUGGGCUGCGGGAUGUGCACAAGAAGGCGAAGAUGAAGCAGGCUAAGGCUGAGAAGGAGACUGAAGGGCUGGAGUAUCUCUUGGCUGAUUUCUAG